CAUCUUCAUCCAUCACCCUCGUCCACAGAACUCCCGCGAGGCGCAUCCAGUCGUCGCCAUGUUCUCCAGAGCAGCUCUCCGAGUCCCCAGGGCUGCGUCUCUGCGCGCCAGGGCCCCUGCCUCCUUUGCCCUCGCCAGCCGGGCCGUCACCACCGAUGCCGCUUCAGCUUCUCUCUCCCAGUCGGUGCCCAAGUCCGAUGAUGAGCCCUUCCAGGUCACUCUCAGCGACGAGAGCUUCGAGACCUACGAGCUGGACCCUCCCCCUUACACCAUCGAGGUGACCAAGAAGGAGCUGAAGCAGAUGUACUACGACAUGGUUUCCAUCAGACAAAUGGAGAUGGCUGCCGACCGUUUGUACAAGGAGAAGAAGAUUCGCGGUUUCUGCCAUCUGUCUACUGGUCAGGAGGCUGUUGCUGUCGGUAUUGAGCACGCCGUCACCAAGGAGGACGACAUCAUCACCUCCUACCGAUGCCACGGUUUCGCCCUGAUGCGUGGCGGUACUGUGCGAUCCAUCAUUGGUGAGCUGCUUGGCCGCCGUGAGGGUAUUGCCUACGGAAAGGGUGGUUCCAUGCACAUGUUCGCCAAGAACUUCUACGGCGGUAACGGUAUUGUCGGCGCUCAGGUUCCCGUCGGUGCCGGUCUGGCCUUUGCCCACCAGUACGAGGGCCGAAAGAACGCCAGCAUCAUCCUAUAUGGUGAUGGUGCCAGCAACCAGGGCCAGGUCUUUGAGGCUUUCAACAUGGCCAAGCUGUGGAAUCUCCCUGCUCUGUUCGGCUGUGAGAACAACAAGUAUGGUAUGGGUACCUCUGCUGCCCGUUCCUCUGCUUUGACCGACUACUACAAGCGUGGACAGUACAUCCCUGGUCUCAAGGUCAACGGCAUGGACGUUCUCGCCGUCAAGGCUGCCGUCAAGUACGGCAAGGACUGGACCGUUGCCGACAAGGGCCCCAUGGUCCUCGAAUACGUCACCUACCGAUAUGGUGGUCACUCCAUGUCUGACCCCGGUACCACCUACCGUACCCGUGAGGAGAUUCAGCGCAUGCGCUCCACCAACGACCCCAUUGCCGGACUCAAGCAGAAGAUCCUGGACUGGGAGGUCAGCACUGAGGAGGAGCUCAAGGGCCUUGACAAGGCUGCCCGAAACCACAUUGCCGAGGAGGUUGCCGCCGCUGAGGCCAUGCCCGUCCCCGAGACCAAGGCCGAUAUUCUGUUCGAGGACAUCUACGUCCGCGGCACCGAGCCCCAGUACAUCCGAGGACGUACCACCGACGAGAACUACUACUUCUCCCAGUAAAUGGGGGGAAAUAAAAUAAAAUGAUCUUCUACCGCUGAUGCACCCCCGCCACAUAGCCCCUAAUGAUUCCUCAAAAUUAUCGCCUUUUUUUGUACUACAUACUUUUAGAUAGAGAGGGCGGGAAAGAUCCAGAUGGACAUUCUUAAUUGUAUGUUUGUUUGAUGACCUAAAAAUGAUAGAGUGUCUUUGUGUAUGAAAGCUUUGCGAUUUUUCUCUUCUAAUUGGAUGUAAGGGGGACAUAGAAUUGGCUGGGGGUGCCUUAAGAGCUUUCCUAAUUGGGAAGUAAAAAAUUAUAGGGUGAGCUCCGAGAUCGCACAGCGACGAGGUGGGGGACUGAGUUUUUACAAAAUGUUUAGCUAGGAGUUGAGAAAUAAAUUUGCAGUUUGAUGGGUUUGAUUGAUAGAUAUAUAAAGAGUGUUUCUUUCAA